GCCGGGCUUGGGUCUUUCCGCUUCUUCUUACUCUUCUCCCAGCAAAAUCAAAAAUCAAUUUAAUAAAAAUCUUUUCCAAGGUAUUCUCUCUCCUCUUUCUCUUACUGCCCAGCGGAUCCUACGAAGACACUGCAGCUGCAGCUCAUCAAUGUGACGAAUAUAUUCUAUCAACAAGGUGACGAACGCAGCAGAAGAAAGAAAAAACAGGCGGUGAGAAUAUCAAGGUGGGGGGGGCAGGGCAGACAGAUGGUGCAGAGCGCUGCGAUUGCUGCGAAGGGAGGGGCGUCGGCGUCGGCGUCGGGUUGGGGCGAUCUUCCGGGGCGGAGCAGUCUGCGGCGGCGGUGGCGGCCGAAGAUCGUGCCGAUGCCGGAGGGCGGCGGCGGCGGGUUCUGCUGCGGGCGAUCGUCGCCGAUCGGAUCGGCGUCGAUCGGGCUCGGCGUCGAGAUGGCGCGGCUGCGGAGCGGGGUGGAGUCGAUCUUCCUCCGGUCCAGGGAGAGGCCGCGCUAUGCCAGAGUCCGUGCUUCAGGUGACCUUGAAGAUGUGCCAUCUGACAAGCUUCCGACAAAAUCUUCUGGGACUGUUCUUCCUUAUGUUGGCGUCGCUUGCUUGGGUGCCAUUUUGUUUGGAUAUCAUCUAGGUGUGGUAAAUGGAGCACUUGAAUAUCUUUCAAAGGACCUUGCAAUCACUGAGAACACUGUAUUACAAGGUUGGGUGGUUAGCACAACCCUUGCUGGUGCUACAGUAGGAUCUUUUACUGGAGGUGCAUUGGCUGAUAAGUUUGGUCGAACACGAACUUUUCAGUUAGAUGCAAUCCCGCUUGCAAUUGGUGCAUUUCUCAGUGCUACGGCUCAGGAUGUGCGGACAAUGAUAAUUGGCCGAUUGCUUGCUGGAAUUGGAAUUGGGAUAUCCUCUGCGAUUGUGCCACUUUACAUUUCUGAGAUAUCACCAACUGAAAUUCGUGGAGCACUUGGGUCUGUCAACCAACUUUUCAUUUGCAUCGGUAUUCUUGCUGCUUUAGUAGCUGGAUUGCCUUUGGCAGGAAAUCCCUUAUGGUGGAGGACAAUGUUUGGCAUAGCAGUAGUUCCUUCGGUCUUGAUGGCAUUGGGGAUGUCCUUUUGUCCCGAAAGUCCUCGCUGGCUCUUCCAGCAAGGCAGACUUCCUGAAGCAGAAACAGCUAUAAAGAGGCUGUAUGGAAAGGAAAGAGUUGCUGAGGUAAUACACGACCUAAAAGCAGGCAGCCAAGGUUCCACAGAAUCAGAUGCUAAUUGGUUUGAUCUUUUCAGCAAACGCUACUGGAAAGUUGUAAGCGUGGGAGCUGCAUUAUUCUUGUUUCAGCAGUUGGCUGGUAUCAAUGCUGUUGUCUAUUAUUCUACAUCAGUGUUCCGCAGUGCAGGAAUUGCCUCUGAUGUCGCAGCAAGUGCUCUUGUUGGGGCAGCAAAUGUUUUUGGCACAGCAGUUGCAUCUUCCCUGAUGGACAAGCAAGGAAGGAAAAGCCUUCUGAUGACAAGUUUUACUGGAAUGGCUGCUUCAAUGUUGCUUCUUUCCUUGUCCUUCACUUGGAAGGCUCUUGCGCCUUAUUCCGGACCUCUUGCAGUAGCUGGAACAGUUCUUUAUGUAUUGUCUUUUUCGCUGGGAGCUGGCCCUGUUCCUGCACUCCUGCUCCCUGAAAUAUUUGCCUCGAGGAUCAGAGCAAAGGCAGUGGCACUUUCUCUUGGGAUGCACUGGGUAAGUUCAUAAUUCUGAUCUUGUAUA